AUGAAUAUGUAUUACCUAAAUAUGUUAUUGUUUACCUUUUUAAUAAAUACAUUAGUAUUACCACAUUAUGAGAAUUAUCUAAAUAACCAUUAUAAUGUAAGUCUUAUUCAAAACAAGACCAAAAGAGCAACGAUAAAUUCAAGAUUAUUAGCACAAACAAAAAAUCAUAAUCCGCAUUAUCAUAAUGACCCAGAACUCAAAGAAAUAAUUGAUAAAUUGAACGAGGAAGCAAUAAAAAAAUACCAGCAAACUCAUGAUCCAUAUGAACAAUUGAAAGAUGUAGUAGAAAAAAAUGGAACAAAAUAUACAGGUGGUAAUGAUGCAGAACCUAGGUCAACGCUGGAAAAAGAAUUAUUGGAAACAUAUGAAGAAAUGUUUGGUGACGAAUGUCAUAUGUUGAAGUCGGGUAAGUACCAAAAUGUUGAUGAAAAAUCUUCAACAUGUGAAUGUACUGAUAUUAAUGGUGGGAAAUUAUCAAAAACAAAAGGAAGAGAUAAGUAUUUAAAAAAACUAAAACACAGAUGUAUAGGUGGGAUAUGUUCUUGCUCAGUAGGUAGUUUUCUCUUAACAAUGUUCGGUUUGCAUGCUGCUAAAGCUGCUGCCCUUGCUGAGUUUACUAAAUAUGGAACAACUUAUAGUGCGUGCAAAUCCUCUAUCACUAUAUAUAGUAUGCUUAGUAGUGAUUCUAUGAUUGCAGGUAGUACAGCUUGUUUUACUGAUUUAACAGUACCUGCUGCAACUUCUGCUGGUGCAAUUUUUGAUCCUUGUGGUAUUACAGCUUUAGUUCUACUUAUAUUAGCUGUUAUACUUAUAAUAUUAUAUAUAUGGUUGUAUAGAAGAAGAAAAAAUUCAUGGAAACAUGAAUGCAAGAAACAUUUAUGUAAGUAA